UGAAUGUUCGUUUGAAAUAGAAAAUAGUCAGACUGAAGUUGAUCAGGCAAACGACAAAUCAUACAAUAUGCCAAAAAAUAGUGAAGCUAAACAAGGUGAACAACCUCAUCCUAAUGUUGUACUAUCCAUAAAAGAAAUGUUGGGCAAGCUACCUCCUGUUAAUGAAAAAUGUAGCAUCUUUCGAGUUCCUAAACUGUUACGCAAUAUGCAUCAUAGAGCCUAUACCCCUCAAGUCAUUUCCAUAGGUCCACUUCAUCAUCACCGAAAGAAUUUGUUAGCCUCUGAGCCAUAUAAGCUUCGAUACUGUUCGAAUUUUCUAAGCCAUCUAGGUAACCCGAUGGAUUCCUUUGAGCUAAUUAAGAACAAUACUCGAACUUGGAUGAAGGAAGUUCGAAAUUGCUAUGGAGAACCCAUAAACAUGAAUGAUGAGAAAUUUCUUAACAUGAUGGUUGUGGAUGGUUGUUUCCUAGUAGAGUUCUUGAUACAACAUCAUAACCGAUACUACCCAAAUACAUGCUUCCAAACUCCAAACAAUUUAGAUCUUACCUUCCACCAAAGAUCUAUGGAGAUAUUUACUGAUUUGAUAUGUUGGAAAAUCAAGUCCAUUUCUUCCUUCUUGAACCACUUAGUUGAUUUGUUAAGCUUCCACUUCGUCUCAAAGACGUCUCUAGAGAACAAUAAUAAUAAUCGCCUAAUAACUCCUCCAUCGAUAACUGAGCUUCAUGAGGCUAGUGUCACCAUUAAGAAAGCAGAAGAUUUCAAGCAUGUGAUGGACAUAAGCUUCAAAAAUGAGAUUUUAACCAUUCCACCUUUAGUUAUUGAUGAUUUCUUCGAACCCACCAUGCGAAAUCUGAUAGCAUUUGAGCAUUUUCCCUUGGGUAAUCAAAGAAAGUGUAUCCAAUAUAUCGUAUUCAUGAAUGAUUUGAUAAACACGGAGAAAGACGUGAAUUUACUUGUGAAAGCUGGAAUCAUAACCAACAAUAUUGGAGGCAGUGAUAAAGAAGUUUCAAAAUUGUUUAACAAUCUCUGCAAAUUUAAAGGAAUCAUAAUUAAUGAUAAUGGAGGUUGUGAUCAAGAAGUUGCAAAAAUGUUUAAUGAUCUUUGCAAAUUUGUUGAACAACCAUACCAUGAUUGCUUCAACAAUACCAACAAAGCUUUAUACGAGCACUAUAAUAGAAGAUGGAACAAGGCGAAAGGUUCACUUAAGCAUAACUAUUUCAGUAUGCCAAGGACUACUAUCUCCAUUAUUGCAACCUUGCUCAUUGUUAUGACACUCCUUCAAACUAUAUUCUCAGUUAUAUCCGCAUUUUUUAGCAAACUAAAACUUGAUAGCUAUGACGAUUUUUCCCUCAAGAAAUUAGAGUAA